AUGCGUGCUCGCCCCCACCCCUCCCACGCACUUCGUAGCGUUCACCCCGACCACAUCCAGAAGCGAGUGCCCAGUCAGUCUAGUGGCUUUGCUAUAGUGGCUUUUCUAAAAGAACACCUUCUGCAGGGAAGGGAGAGAACUAAUUGCCCUGAACGAUUCCUAAUUCUUUGUGGCAGAUUUCAGAAUCCACUUGAUGGCAUACUUGGAUUAGGAUUCAAAGAGCUUGCCCAUGAAGACGUGAGUCCCCCGCUCCAACAAGCUGUCGAGAUGGGAUUAGUGGAUCCGGUGUUUACCGUCUUCUUAGAACAUAGAGGAUAUACUUCGAGCGAAUAUGGAGGUAUUUUCACCUAUGGAGGCCUUGACGACGUAAACUGCGGUGAAGUGAUUGCGUACGAGAAGCUCACACGAGCGCCAUAUUGGCAAUUCCAUAUGAAGGCAUUCAGCGCGGGAUAUCUCACCAUUGGAAAGGGAUGGGAAGUGAUUUCUGACACUGGCACGUCGUUUCUAGGCAUUCCAGAAGCACUUGUCGAAAUGGUAGCAGACUCACUUGGUGCAUAUUUCGUCGAAUACUUCGGGGUAUAUCGAAUUCGUUGCUCGGCGAAGGCUACAUUCAAUUUCACUAUCGGCGACCAUGUCUACACUCUGGAAACGGAAAAUCUUGUUGUGAAAUACGAUGGUGACAUCUGUGCACUGGCGAUUUUCCCGAUACGCUCCGGCGGCUUUGGCCCUCAAUGGAUUCUCGGCGAUCCGUUCAUACGCCAAUACUGCAACAUCUAUGACAUUGGCAAUAAGCGUAUUGGCUUUGCGAAGCCAGUCAAGAUAUAG